AUGCUGCACGUGUGGCUCACCUCCGGCGAGGAGCUGGCCGCCGUGUCCGUGGAUGACUUCUGCGACGUGACGGCCCUGAAGCGCCAUCUGCAGGGGAUCUGCGGGCUGCCGCGGUUUCGGCAGCGCCUCGUGCACGCCGGCGCCGAGCUGGGCGACGGCGAAGGCCUCGGCCCCACCGACCUCCAGCUUGUCAUGCUGGACUUCUGCGAGGCCUCGCUGGCGCAGCGGAAGGCGCUCGUGGACGCCGCUGGCGACGGCCGAGUGGCCGAAGUGGAGGAGAUCUUACGACGUCCCCAGGAUCCCAACCUGGGGGAUGCAGACGAGGACUUUCAGCUGCCCCUGGUCUGGGCAUCGUACGGAGGGCAUCUUGAGGUCGUCCGCCUGCUUCUGGAGGCCGGGGCCGACAAGGACUUGGUGGACUCUCAUUUCGGGUCGCCGUUGGUUGCCGCCGCGCACGACGACAACCUCGAGAUGGUGCGGUUCUUCCUGGAGCUUGGGGUGAGCACGGACAGCGAGAACGACUGGGGCCUCACGGCGCUGGAGGUUGCAGUUGGCCACGACCAUCGCGAGAUCGCGGCCUUGCUGAUCGAGUCCAGGGCGGAUGCUCGGAUGGCCCUGGCUGUGGAAAGCGAGGCCGGCGUGCGCACGCUCCUGCAUGCGGGGGCCGACAAGGAUGCCCGGGAUGAGUUCGGCCUGACUGCCCUGACCUGGGCCUCGGGCUACGGCCGCCUGGCAAACGUGCGCGCGCUGCUGGCAGCCGGCGCCGCCCAUCAACCGGCGUGCCAUGUGGGCCUGACGGCCUUGGCGUGUGCGUCGUUUAACGGACACGCCGACACGGUGCAGGCGCUGCUGCAGGCCGGGGCCUCCGUAGAUGCCGCCUCGACAUCCACCGCCCUGGUCGCUGCAGCGAGUCAAGGCCAGUUGAAGGUUCUUCGCCUGCUCUUGGCCCCCGGUGGGCAGGGCUUGAGCGACGCCUGCUGCACGGCUCUGGUCUCUGCGUCCCGAAGGGGACACCUGGAGGUUGUGUCCUUGCUGCUCGAAGCAAGGGGUGAUGCAAGUGAAGGGCCGGGCUCAGCAAGCGCAGCCCUCAUUGCGGCAGCUGACGCCGGCCGCUCACCAGUCGUGCAGAUGUUACUGGAGGGCCGUGCUGGCGAGGAUGUGGAAGGCCCCGCUGGAUUGACAGCCCUUGUUUGCGCAUCUAGCAAUGGCCACUUGGAAGCCCUGCAUCUGCUGCUGGUGGCUGGGGCUGGCAGGCAGGUGGUCGGGAGUACCGGCGCCACGGCCACCGCCUGCAUCUGCGCAGCUAGCCAGGGCCACAGUGAGAUCGUGCGCCUCCUCGUGCGGUCUCCGAACUGGCACCGGAUUGCAAAUCUGUUUCAGCCGUGA